AAAAAUUCAUUCAUUAGUGUUUGAACAAGUGAAGCGGAUGUCAUAAUUUUCAUACAAAAACAAAUUUAAAUUUCACUAUUGUCGAUUGUUACUCGUUUAAUGUGUUUAUGUGUAGGAAUAUUAAGCACAUAAAUUAAAUAAAAAUGUUAAAUUCAUUUUUUAGAGGCCUAUUGGGCACUGAAGAGUCGCCGACAAAGGUAAUAGAAGUGCGUUCAGACAAUUACGUUUCAAGGCCGAUACAUUACAGAGAAGAUUCCAUGUUAUUAUACGGCCCUAAAAUCCAGGAUAGCAAGAAUAAUUCUAAGGACAAAUAUUUUGAAAUUAUUCUAUACAAGCCAUUCACAGAGAGCACACAUCAAAUGUACAGCCUGUUCCGAUCAGAAAGCCAAGAAAUUGCAGAGGAGAAGUUUAUUGUGUACAAAGAGAGAAUACCAGUUUACAUCAAAAUAACUAAAGAAUGCACAAUAGCAAGCCUCCAAAAACUAUGCGACACACUUUCCGAGCACCAGUCAUGGUCCAUAGCCCAUCUGGCAGCUCACUUUGGACUCCACGAGCUAUUUAAUGACCCUGAGGUCCAGGGGCAUCUCAAUGAGGUGGACCCGGCCACUGGAGCCACACCGUUGAUGGUGGCGGUAAAGUCGUGUAACGUCCGUAUGGUCCAAAGCCUGGUCUCUCUGCAAUGUUCCCUGGACACUGUCGAUCUAGACGGCAACACCGUAUUCCAUUAUGCAGCGGCCAGUAACAAGGAGAUUAUCAAUGCACUCGCAAGUAAAACAGCGACGUCCCUCAAUGUGUACAACAAGCAGGGAUACACGCCAUUACACAUGGGCUGCCUCGCCAACGCGCCCGACUGCGUGCGAGCGUUGCUAUUGGCCGGGGCCGAUGUCAAUCUGCCGGCUAAGCGGCAGUCAACUGCUAAUACCACCAGCGCAAUACCGAUACCGGGUAUCGUCGGCGACGUACUCCAUGGAGCCAAUCAACCCAAAGUCUACCAACAAGACAUGAAACACGGCGGCACGCCUCUUCACUGGUCCGUCUCUCGCGAGGUCAUCGAAGCCUUGGUGGACAAGAACUGUGACAUUAAUGCGUUGAACUUUGACGGCCGGACUGCGUUGCAUGUCAUGGUGUUCAGGGGGCGCCUGGAGUGUGCUAUGGCGCUGUUAUAUAGAGGCGCGGAACACUCCAUAGCAGAUAACGAAGGAAACACCCCUCUACACUUAGCCGUAAAGCAGACGAACAUAUCUUUAGUCGAAGCACUGAUAGUCUUCGGUGCUGACUUACAAGCGCUGAAUAAUUCUGGAUAUACCGCUAGACAUAUGGUGCCCUGUGAAAUGUCCAAUAGUAACUACGACAAGAUAUUGUAUGUGCUACACGCUGUAGGAGCUCAGAGGUGUUCGGCAGAAGUGACAGGCUGCGGCCCCGGCUGCGCAGCCCGCGGGAACUACGACGGCGUGCCCCCGCCCCGCGUGCCACAUCCCGCCUGUCGUGACGUCAUCAGCCACAUGCUCAGCCUCGCGACCAGGGAGCGCGCCGCUAAUUCACCCACUAGCCGCAAGCAGGGACGCCUCCUCUGCCUCGACGGCGGGGGUAUCCGCGGUCUAGUCCUAGUCCAAAUCCUAAUCAACCUAGAAGCCACCAUCGGCCGCCCCAUCAUCCACUGCUUCGACUGGGUAGCUGGCACCAGUACUGGAGGCAUCCUAGCUUUAGCCCUCGCUAGUGGGAAGGAUUUGAGAGAAUGCCAAAGACUGUAUUUCCGCAUGAAGGAAUACGCGUUCGUUGGUACGCGUCCGUAUCCUUCAGAAGCGUUGGAGACCAUAUUGAAGGAUAAUUUAGGUACGGAAACCGUGAUGGCGGACCUGACUCAUCCCAAGCUGAUGAUCCUGGCGUUGUUGGCGGACAGGAAACCGGUAGACCUGCAUAUAUUCAGGAACUACCAGUCAGCACAGGAAAUCCUGGAGGCGCAUGAUAAGUUUAACCCGCGUGUGAGCGAAGGAGGCGAAGGGAUAGGCCUGGUGUCACCCCCGCCGCCGAGCCAGCAGCUGGUGUGGCAGGCGGCCCGCGCCACCGGCGCCGCGCCCUCAUACUUCACCGCCUCCGGCAGAUAUCUCGACGGCGGUUUAAUAGCGAACAAUCCUACGCUAGACGCAUUAUCGGAGCUCACAGAGAUGAGGCUAGCUUUUAGAGCUACGGGACAAAUCGAGGAAGCACGCAAGACUGACUUGAAAGUUGUUGUUUCGUGUGGCACAGGUACAAACCCACUGUGCAAGAUCAGAGAGAUCGACGUGUCUAAGCCCGAUACCGUGUGGGGCAUGGCCAAGCUGGCCUUUGGACUCUCCAAUAUUGGAACCCUCCUGGUUGAUCAGGCAACACAAUCCGACGGCCGCGUAGUCGACCGCGCCCGCGCCUGGUGUUCCUCACUCGGCGUCCCCUACUACCGUUUCUCACCAUCAAUGUCGAACGACGUGGCCAUGGAUGAGCGUUCGGACGAGUUGCUGGUGCGCAUGUUGUGGGAGACGCACGCGUACAUGCGCGAGCAUCGCGAUGGCAUCGCUGACCUCACGGCGUUGCUAGCCGAGCCCGUGUGA